AUGAGAGUCGCGGCUACACGUCUAGGAAGCUUAGUGCAGAGGAGGGGAUUUGCGAGCACACCGAGGCGGCUCGACAACUAUGCUUUCAUCGGUCUCGGCCAGAUGGGCUACCAAAUGGCCAGGAACCUUCAGUCCAAGCUCAAACCCACAGACAAGGUUUCCAUCUUUGACGUCAACACCUCAGCCAUGGAGGGUCUCUCGGCAGAGAUGAAGGCUGCGUCAUCGGGAGCUGCUGUUGAGCUUGCGGCGAGUGCGCAUGAUGCGUCAAAGGGAGCUGACACUGUCGUCACUUGCCUGCCAGAGCCACAACAUGUCCGAGGCGUCUACGAAUCCAUCCUCACAGACUCGCUCCCUAAGAAGGAUCGAAUCUUCAUCGACUGCUCCACAAUCGACCCAACAACAUCACGGCAAGUGGCCAAAUCCGUCUCAGAGGCCGGCCAGGGCACAUUUGUCGAUGCGCCCAUGUCUGGCGGCGUUGUCGGUGCCACAGCAGGCACUUUGACGUUUAUGCUGGGCGCGGAUUCAAGCGUCGUCCCUCGAGUCGAGCCCACGCUGUUCCUCAUGGGCCGCAAGGUGUUGCACUGUGGCGACCAAGGUGCCGGCCUAUCUGCCAAGCUGGCCAACAACUACCUCCUAGCCCUCAACAACAUUGCAACGGCUGAGGCUAUGAACCUGGGCAUUCGAUGUGGUCUAGAUCCCAAGACGCUUGCCAACGUGCUGAAUGUGAGCACGGGCAAAUGCUGGCCCAGCGAGAUCAACAACCCUGUCAAGGGCGUUAUCGAGACUGCACCUGCCAGCCGUGAUUACCGCGGCGGAUUUGGUAUAUCACUCAUGAGAAAGGAUCUUCGUUUGGCUCUGGUGGCUGCUGAAUCGGCACAAGCUAAGACGGAGCUGGGAACACUGGCGUUUAACAUGUAUGACAAGGCGGCGCAGCGUGAGGAUUGCAAGGACCGCGACUUUUCGGUCGUGUAUAGAUAUCUUGGAGGAAAGGAAGAGUAG